AUGGAGCAUCAAGGAAGUAUGAGCAGUAAAUCUAAUAAAAAAAAUCGUACUCAAACAACCGAUAUAAGCAUUGACACUAAUAACGCAUCUUAAUUGGAUGUCUAAUACAGUUCUGAUGAUCACAGCAUCAGGCUUGGAAAGCAAAUGUCAUCAAUACCCGAAGAAAUCGAGGAAAAUAGACAUCAGUAAAAAUUUACUGGUAAAUCAAGCCAGAUGAGAGGAUCAGAGGGUCAAGCUAGCAAUUAGGAUAGUUUGUAUCCUCAUGUGGAUGAUAGAAAUAUGAAUGAUUUAGGGACAGAAAAUGACUCAGUUGAGAUUGAAAGAGUUUAAGAGGAUAGAAUGUCUGGUUCAAUGGUUUUGUCAGAGACAUCAAUGUACAGAGUCGCUGAUGAUUUGAAUACCACAUUUCAAUCUGAAGUUUACAGAGUAGAGAUCGGUAAUAGAGAAUCUAUUGUCAGUGGAGGCUCAAAUUUAACCCAAACUUAAAUGCUUAGAGUCAGAGGUGGUACAACUAUGAAUGAUCAAUCAACGACAAGUUUUUAACAAAUAGAUGAGAGCUCACUCUAAAUUUUGAGAGAUGUUCCUAAUGAGUACGAUGAGGAUGAAGAUGAAAGUGAUUAGUUUGGAGCUGCUAUCUUUGAAAAAAGGUAGAAUCUUUAACAAAGACUGACUCAUUAAGUAGAAAAAUCUAAUGGUAUAAAUUAUCUAUCUAUUGGGAAGACCAGCAAUAAUGAUUCAGUUUCUCGUAUUUCUGGAUUCCAACCAAUUGAAAGAGAAAUAAGUAAUUCCAUGACCUCUAAUAUAGAUUUCAACAAUGUCUAGAUUGUAUAUUAGGGAAGGCGAGAUACAGACUAAUCUGAUCAAGAAAGAGGUUCAUUUUAGUAUGGAAUCGCAGAUAGGAAUAAAGAUCUUUCAGAAUUUUAGUAAUCAAUUAUUCAAAGUGAAAACAGCGACUAUUAAAUACAACCACGAGUGGUAAAUCAUAAACGUAAUUUAGACAUCACAAUGCAAGAUCAAGACGACACUUCUUUCGUUUAAGGCUAAAGGGAUGACAGAAAUGGAAGUAACAUGAUUGAUUUAAAUGCUUUCCAAAACGAGGAUGAUCAAGAUGAUAUGUCUGAUUAAGAUUCCUUCAUUGCUUAAAAAAGGAAAGCAAUCAUGAUCAACCAAGUUGAUUGA